GUCAGUCUCUCCUCAGCAUUCCGUUUCGUCGUCGCCUUCAAAUUGCAGAUUUUCACUCUCUGCGAAGAAUUGGCUACAUUUACUACAUCAGCCUUCCUCACAUGCCUGCCGCGUCGCAUUAAGAUCUUCCUUUCUCGCGUACACGACCGGACUUGCUGUUCAAUGCCUUGCCUCUUCUUUGAUUCAUCUUAG